GACUUUCAGCGUAUCCACUAAUCUCCUGGCUUGCUCAUCAUGAGCGUUACAGCGAACUAAGCUACGCUUUACAAACCAACCGACGCGGCUUGCACUGAUAGUCCACGUCAUCUGUAUGUCAUCUCGCGGGAAGUAAAGUAACAUAUCGAGGUUUCUUUACUACAAUGCCCACUGCCACGCUUCAAGACUUGGUGCCCGAGCACCAUCGACCUCCUAAAGUGAACGGAGCCCGCGAUGGCCCUGCUUGGAUGCCUUCUCAAGUAGAAGAUGUCACACUGAGAACCACCGAAUUCUCCUUUGAUACAGUAGAGGAGGCCCUUGUUGCAUUUGCGCGGGGUGAACCUGUCGUUGUCAUGGAUGACGAGCGAAGAGAGAACGAGGGUGAUAUAAUCAUGUCCGCGAGUCAAUGUUCCGUGGAAGCUAUGGCAUGGAUCAUCAAGCACACAAGCGGGUAUAUCUGUAUUUCUCUUCCCGAGGAGCGUCUCAAUGAGCUCGAAAUUCCCAUGAUGGUCCCCGAUAACCAGGAGCGGCACAAAACCGCUUACACCAUAACUGUAGACUAUAAGCAUGGCACCACGACUGGCAUUUCCGCCCAUGAUCGAUCUCUCACCGUGCGGAAGUUAGUCGAUCCCACUUCGACUGCGUCUGAUUUCAGCCGCCCAGGGCAUAUGGUACCCUUGCGAGCACAGAACGGUGGCGUUCUAGAACGCAGAGGUCAUACAGAAACUGGUGUCGAUUUAUGCGCCCUCACCAAUCAACCUCUAGGGGGGGUGUUAUGCGAGCUCGUGAAUGAUGAUGCUUUGGGCACUAUGGCGCGGCGCGAUGAUUGCAGAUCGUUUGCCAAUCGAUGGGGCCUGAAAAUGAUCAGCGUGGAUAUGCUGGCACAGUACAAAAGGGCGAUGGAGAGCAGUAAUACUGUGUCAUCGUAACGGAUGAGAGGAAUACGUACUGAAGUGUAUACUUAUAGAGCAUUGUACACCAAUGUAGUCCACUCGGACUCCGUGGCAAAGCGGCUGAGAGAACCUAUUCGAGAUCCUGAGACCGCUAUCCCAAAGAUAAGUACACUGCAUCCAUCUUUGCCCAUGAAAUCAAGCCACAUGCAACAGAAAUAUGUAUCCGAUGCAGCUUGAAUAACGCUGUAGUUGACCCAACAGUCAGCUACAGUAAAAAUCAAUCUGGAUAAAAGAUGCCUGUGGGUUUAUCUAUCACUGUAACUCACUGUGUACCACAUCCACAUGGCGCAAUCCAAGUAGGCGGCGGCAAGCUUGACGCGGUAACGUGACGGAUCAAUAUUUUUGAUCUCCGCGGCACAUGACCAGCCUUUGUGUCGCGUUUGG